AGAUGUCAGCACCAUCGGAACAAGUCAAAUAAACUCGACUGAGUUUGCAAGGAAAAUGGCCGACAGAAAUCGAUAAAAGUGAGUGUGUGUUUUCGUCGAAUUUUCCCAGUUUUUUAGUGAAAUAAUUGCUAAAAAAUUGGCAAACUCAAGACGAGGUUGUGCCCCAGUGUUUUUCGUUGCGUCCGAGCGUAUGGUAUGAGACAAUUCGAAGCAAUCCUUGAGCUGAUUCACUUAUUAUGUAGACGUUCUUUUUAACUGUAGGAACCAUGUGAGUGUCGACCUACCCUCAACUUCUAAACUCGACGCCGUUAACGCCGAUGGCGGCCACCACUCAGGGCGAGAUCAGGGUGGGUCCCGGAAACCAGGCACGAUUGCCGGAAUAUAGACCGGGCGUGCCCGCCGAACAACUAUCCCCCGAUCCGGAAGACACCCACAUCAGGGAGGAACUCAGGUGGGUGCCAGCGAUGACGAUGGACUCGGACCUGCUAAUGUACCUUAGGGCGGCCCGCAGCAUGGCCGCGUUUGCCGGCAUGUGCGACGGGGGUUGUCCCGAGGACGGGGCGAACGCCGCUUCGCGGGACGACACCACCAUCAACGCGUUAGACGUGCUCCACGACUCGGGCUACGAUCCGGGCAAGGCGCUUCAGGCGUUGGUGAAGUGCCCGGUGCCGAAGGGUAUCGACAAAAAGUGGAGCGAGGAGGAAACGAAGAGGUUCGUCAAGGGUUUGAGGCAGUUCGGGAAGAAUUUCUUCCGGAUAAAAAAGGACCUGCUGCCCCACAGGGAUACGCCGGAACUGGUCGAAUUCUAUUAUCUGUGGAAGAAAACGCCCGGCGCCAACAACAACCGACCGCACAGGCGCAGACGGCAGGGUUCGCUGCGCCGCAUCAGGAACACCAGGAAUAGUAGAGGAGGUAAUAAUGCUGCAUCGAACGCAGGUCGUACCAGCGGUGCGGCCACGCCCGCUCCGGAGGCGGCGGAAAAUCGACCAUCUCCGCAACCCGGUGGCAAAGAACCAGGUGAGACGAGCUCCGUUACGGAGGACGACAACGACAGCGAGGACGACAGCGAUAGCAGGGAGGCCCCGUUGUCGGCCUGCUCUUGCUCCCACUGUUUUACUACCAGUUCCAAAGAUUGGCAACCCGGCGGCAAGGACCGUCAGCUACUCUGCUGGGAUUGCCGCGCGCACUACAGAAAGUGUAACGAGCUGCCGCCCCUCACAGCGCCCGCCGCCACCGGCAACACUCCACCCGCCGAAGGUCCGGACGAUAGUCCGCAGCGCAUGCGCACCCGGAACAAGGCGGCGAAGGAGCAGCCGGCUGGUAACCGGGCGAGGCCCAAGAGAGGCGGUACCGAAACGCCGGAACCGAAGACCCCCGUCAAACAGAACUCCGGAACGGAAAAAUCAGGGACGUCAAACGUGUCCUCCGGCACCCCGGGCAAGAAGAAAGGCAAACCGGACAAGUCGGACACGCCUAACAAGAACCGAAAACGGCCGCAAGAGAAGACCGAGGAAACCGAAGAGGAGAAGGAAGGGUUGUUUAAAAAGAGAAGAGAGAGAGCGGACAGUCCGUCGAAUGCCACUUCGGAUUCGGGCUCGUUGAACGACGAACAGGAAAGCAACGAACCGGAACCCGAUGGUACCGAGUGCAACAACGGGCAAAGGUCCGGCAGUCCUCAGCCGUUGGUGCCCUCGACUACCGUCAUCGGUAGUAACAACAACAACAACAACGUUAUGCAAGAGGCGGUCACCGCGAAACCGACGUCUCUUAUUAAGACAGAAGAGGGCGAGCUGAAAUUGCAUUGCGCGACUCCGUCUACGCCCACACUCGCGCCGCUAGCGUCGGGCAAGCUCCAGUCGCAACCGGUGCUGGAGCCGAUGCCGCUGAACGUUUCGAUAAGGCUGCCCGAGGAUAUUAACGAGCGCAAGAACUUAAUCAAAAGGAACCUAGAUUCGACCACGGACGCGAAGGAGAUGAAAUUCAACCCGGCGACCAUCAAGUUCGGCGAGGAAAUCAAAAAAGAGGCGGGGAUUAAACAAGAGAUGGGUCAGUCGAAGAAGGAGGACGUGAAGGACGAGAUUGGAGAUCAGAAACCGUUCAAAACGGAACUGAUCAUACCUAGAGUUACCAUCGACAAGCAACAGAUCAAGGACGAGUUGGACUCGAGCAGCGACGCCUCGCUGCUAAGCGUCAAUUCGAAGGAGGAUUCAAUGCCUAUGUCGUACAAGGACAACUUGUUCAUGCCGCAGGGUAUGAACAUAAAGGACCAGAUCAGUUUCGGCAUGAAGGAUCCGCCGCUGAUGAAUCACCUUCAGCCGAAACACGCGUUGAGUAUCAAAGAGAACAAAGAGCAGAUAAUCAACAUGAACCAUUCGAGUUACAUUAAGGAUAUCAAACCUCCGGACCCGCCCCCCUUCAGUUACCAAAACCAGUCCAGGGAAGCGAGCGGUGCGGGAGCGGUAAUUAAGGUCGAGCCCCGCGAAGAACCUAUGGAGCUGACCAGUCAGAGCAGGAGCGAGCACAAUUUUAGCAACAUCGUGCAACCGCUCAACAUACCUCAGGUGAUACCCAUGUCCCAGCAUUUACCUCAGACCUCCCGGUCGAGCGACGGCGGCCCAUUCGACGAGGAGAAAACGAGGCAAGAGAAACUCGAACGGCCGGAACGCGUGGACAGGCCGGAGCUUUCGCAAAUGCCCACCUCGUCGCCCAUCGGGCAGCCGCCGUUACCGAGCCUGAUGCAAUCGAGCAAUCUAGUCACGAUAGGGGGUUCCGCCGCCUCAUCCAUGGCCCAUUACGGGUUCAUACCGCCAUACGGGCAUCCGCAUUCGCCGAGGAACCUCGACAAGCAGCAAACGCAACACCUGCAACAGCCUCAGCAACAAAACGAACCGCAGAACUUGAAAAUCAAGCAAGAAGUGCCUGAAAAUGCGCCGCCCGGUCAAAGUCAGGGCGGCAUGAUGGGUGGUUACGGCGUCGCGAAUAGCGCUCUGCCGCCUAGUUCUCAAAACUUGCCCUCGUCCGGGGGCGGUUUUAUCCCGCCUCCUCCUAGUCACAUGUCCGGCGCCGAUCCGCUUCAAAGUUUGAAGGACGUUAAGGUUCCCGGUUAUUUACCGCCGCCGCAACCGCAAACCGCUCAGUCGUCGACGUCGGACCGUCCACCGUCGGGACCGGCGAUCGAGAGCAUCAAAAAAGAACCGGACUACGGUGCUCUGCCGACGAGUAGGGCGAGUCCCGCGCAACCCGCGAGCGAAAAGUGCCUGACGCCGAAGACUAGCGGCACGCCUACGCCGCAAGUCAUAUCGCAGACCCCUCCGUUACGCCAACCGCCUUCGUCGCCCCAUUCGGCCAUCAACCUUAUCAGCCCGAGCAGUAGCAGUAGCGGCGGCGGCGGCAGCGGGGCUAGUAUCGGCCACCCUUCCGUUUCGCUACCUCAACCCCAUCCAAGUCAGCCGCAUCCCUCGUACCCAGGCUCGAUGCCGCCGCCGCAUCCCCUGGUCCAUCCUUCGUUUCUCCACGCGAUGCCGUUUCACGGCCCGCCCGGUUAUGCCGCGUAUCCUUUUUCCGCCUACCCGUAUCCUUAUCCGGUGCCCCAGCCUCACGCCAUUCCUCCGCCUACGUCUCGACCCGAUAUGGGCGGUCCUCCGAAAAGUAUCGAUACCGUCAGCGCUACCGUGAUGUCGUCGCAGCAUAGCACUAGCAGUACCGUCACUACCAAGCGCGAGACUAGGGAACCCGACGAGCACGGCGGCGAACGCCACCAGAGCCACGAAAUGACGCUAACGCAUCACCAGAGCACCUCCCACAACAGUUCGAUCCACGCGAGCGUCGAGAAGCAAAACUACGGAGGCGGCAGCCACAGCAGCAUAACCAUAUCGCACAGCACGAGCACCAGCUCGAGCCAAUCGGUGCAGCACAAAGUUAACCAGAAGACGGUCCGCACCAGUUCACCGCACACGCCCAUAUCUCAGACCAGCACCACGACGAACAUCAAUCACAGUUCAACGAGUUCCACCAACAAUCACCAACACACUCAUCAUCACACGCAUCACCACGACCGACUGUCUCCGGGCAAUCAACUGUUGAGACACGGAAUGCACGGUAAACCGCCGUCGGCGGCGGCGUCGCAGGCCAACCCGCACCAUUUGAUGAUCCAGCCUCCGAACAUGGGUCAUCACCCCUCCGCGUUGGGUCCGCCUCCCAUGCCGGGCAGUUCGUUGGACGCGUUAAGGGCUCACGCCGCCCAAGCUGCGGCGAACAUGCAGCAGCAGCAGCAACAACAGGCGGGCAUGCAUCCGCCGAGCUCGCCGAUGAACCCGCCCCCGAAAUCUCUCGUAGACGAGGUGGUAAAGAUCGAACCCGACCAAGACUCCACUCCGGAAGACGACAACCAAAACAGCCCUCUGGCACCGCCCAGGGGCCCGUCUCCCGAGCCUCGGAUAGAAGACACCGAGUGUCACAGAAGUCAGUCCGCGAUAUUCCUGCGUCACUGGAAUCGCGGCGACUACAACUCCUGCACGAGAACGGACCUCACUUUUAAACCGGUGCCCGAUUCGAAAUUGGCGCGGAAACGCGAGGAGAGGUUGAGGAAACAGGCAGAACGGGAACGGGAAGAAAGGGAGAGGGCGCAGCAGGCGCAGGCGCGGAAGAUUCAGACUCCGGAGAAGCCGGACGUCAAGCCUCCGUCGAGGGGGCCGCUGGAGAGCAUAUCGUCGCCUUACGAAAGGUUCCCGAGGCCGGGAUUCACCGAUACGCCCGCACUGAGGCAAUUGUCCGAGUACGCCAGGCCCCACGCGGGAUUCAGCCCCGGCCACAUGCCCAGAUCCCUUCUACCUCCCACCGUGAUGGAUCCGAUGCUGCAGUACCAGCUGAGCAGCAUGUACGGACCCGGAGCUAGGGAGAGGCUCGAACUCGAGCACCUCGAACGCGAGAAACGUGAAAGGGAGAUCAGGGAGCUGAGGGAGCGAGAACUGAACGAUAGUUUACUAAAAGCUCAAGACCCGCAUUACUUUUACGGUCACCUUUCUCACAGACUCAAGGAGGAGAUUAUGAAGAGCGGUAUGCGGGCGCCGCCGAACGCCGUCGACCCCCAUUGGCUUGAAAUUCAGAGGCGGUACGCGGCGGCCGGACUGGCCGGACCGCCUGGCGGUCCGCCCGGCCUUCUCCCGCACCAUUUCGCUUUGUACCCGGGUGGUAGCGGGGCGGCCCAACUGAGCCAAAUGGAACGGGAACGGCUCGAAAGGCUCGGGAUCCCGCCGCCGGGUGCGCCCGGCGGUCCCGGCGGUCCGCCCCCCGGCCACCCGCACCAUCCCGCUCACGCCGCCCAAUUGGAGGCGGCUGAGCGGCUGGCGCUGGCCACCGACCCAAUGGUGAGGCUGCAGAUGGCGGGGAUCUCGCCGGAAUACCACGCCCACACACACGCCCACACCCACGCGCACACCCACCUCCAUCUCCACCCGCAGCAGCAGCAGGCGCAGCAGGAAGCUGCCGCGGCGGCCGCCGGUUUUCCUCUCCCAGCCACCGGUACUCCGGGUUACCCUAGGCCGGGACUGAUACCUGGCAGGGACGGACCGCUGGCCUUGCACCAUCCCGACCUGUUGGGGCGGCCCUACGCGGAUCAAUUGGCCCACCAGGCCGCAGCCCACGAACAGCUGCAGAGGCAGAUGCUGCUCGAACGAGACCGCUUCCCGCCCCACCCCUCGAUCGUUGCGCAACACGAGGAAUACCUAAGGCAGCAGCGCGAGCGAGAACUUAAGGUAAGAGCGCUCGAGGAAGCGGCCAGGGGCUCGAGACCAUAAGCGACGGUAAGUCUCCCCGAUUCUGCCCAACCCGUUACCGUCACGGGGGUGGCGGUUAAAUUGCAGAUGGUACCUGACGAUCGGGGUCGGGUCAGGUGUCGACAGCACGAGUGGGAACGUAUCUAACUAAGAAAACAAAUAUCACUUCUCUUAGGGAGUCAAGUUCAAGAGAAAAAAGAUAUUUCAGAAGGAGAGUAGAUCCUAUAAAUUUAUAUACAUAAAUAUUUAUAUAUAUACAUAUUACUUGACUACAUAGACGUAUACAUAGAAAUUAAUUUUUUAAAGUAUAUUUUGCAAUCGAUAGAAUAUAAAAGAAUAGUUUUUUGUAUGCCGCCUGUGGAUUUUAGUGUUAAACAGUUUGAAUGAAACUUAUUUAUUAUCCCCCUCCGAUUUUAAGAGUGCGGAAAUAAUAAAAUCGAAAUCAGUAUAGGUUAUUCCGCGAGGUAUUGUAAAGUGACCCCAAACUGAUCCCUAUCCGGAAAGACCCUGAAAAAUUGUAAGUAGGGACCACAAUAGGCGUAAGUUUUAUUUCUAUUGCCUUUUUAUGGAUACUAUUAACUAAUUGACUAAUCUCGGAAGAGAGGGUCUAUUUUAAUAGUGAUAGUAAGAUUAUUUAAAGAAUAUAUGUCUUAAUGCUUUCGCUAUAAAGGACUUGCGGUGAUUUUUUUUUGUCACGUAUUUUGAUGAUGCAUAAAGAACACCUCACGAAAUGCAUGGUGAAGUAGACUUCCAUUAGAGUAAAUUCGGAAUAUAUGGAACACCAGUUAUUUUAAUAGUGAUAACAUUAAAAUGAAAGUGUUCAAAGUAGCUCCAAAGAGUGAUACUUGCUAAAUUAAAAAUUAAUAUAUUCGGUAAUUUUCAAAAAAUAUUACAAAAUGGACGAUAGAUAUAAAAAUGUUUAGA